GUGUUCGCUGUGAGUGUGUGUUUGGGGGAGUGACUGGGAAGCAGCACUUGUCUGGGCUGUGCAUCCUGUUUGUGAAAGUGCGACGGCGCGAGUGCUGUUGUGUGUGCGUGUUGUGUGUCUGCGAGGUGUGCUUGCAGUCAGAGCGAGUUCAAGUAUGAAGAGAGGCAAGAAUGCAGAGGAGGCCGGUACAGAGGGGGACAAUGACACCGGCUCUGCUUCCACAAAGAAAGCAAAGAAGACUAAGGAACCGGAGGCGCCGAUAUUGUACGAAGAUCCUCCUGACAAAAUGACCAGCAAAGAUGGACGCAGCAGCAACAUGAAGAUCACCUCCUGGAACGUGGACGGGCUGAGGGCCUGGGUGAAGAAGAAUGGCCUGGAUUGGGUGCGUGAGGAGGCUCCAGAUGUUCUGUGCCUGCAGGAGACUAAGUGUGGACAGAAAGCCCUGCCCGCUGACAUCACCUCCAUGCCCGAGUACCCUCACAAGUACUGGGCUGUGUCAGACGAGAAGGAGGGUUACAGUGGUGUGGGAAUGCUCUGCAAGACCGAGCCCAUCAAAGUGACCUACGGCAUCGGCAAAGAGGAGCACGACAAAGAGGGCCGCGUCAUCACUGCAGAGUUCCCCACCUUCUACCUGGUCACGGUCUACGUGCCAAACUCCGGCAGAGGCCUUGUGCGCCUCGAUUACCGCAAAACCUGGGACGAGGACUUCCGGUCUUACCUGAGCGAGCUGGACAUGCAGAAGCCCCUGGUGCUGUGCGGCGACCUCAACGUCGCACACCAGGAGAUCGACCUGAAGAACCCCAAAGGCAACAAGAAAAACGCAGGCUUCACCCCCGACGAGCGCGAGGGCUUCAGCCAGCUGCUGGAAGCCGGCUUCGUCGACAGCUUCAGGGAGCUCUACCCCGAGCAGACCAACGCCUACACCUUCUGGACCUACAUGAUGAACGCCCGCUCAAAGAACGUGGGCUGGAGGCUCGACUACUUCCUGCUGUCCUCCUCUCUGGCGCCAGGCCUGUGCGACAGCAAGAUCCGCAACAAGGCGAUGGGGAGCGACCACUGCCCCAUCACUCUGCACGUAGCUGUGUAGGUCACCGUGUGGUCGGCAGGGUUCAUGCUUUCAAGAGCCUCUUCUCCUGAUCUCACGUGGCUCAAACUGCCACGUGUGCCAGUGUGUGUUGAGCCGUCAUGGGAAAUGUUGAAUCUUUGGAGUGCUGCCCAAGCUUACUUUUUUUAGUAACUGUAGCCUAGCUGUUAUGUAGUAUUUUUGUCUUUGUUUUUUUUCCACAUGAAACGUUCACAAAAACACAAAUAUUGUCUUCUACCUGUAAUUCAAGUCUGUCAGUAAAUCCAGUGAUGUAAACCAAGUUUUCAACACUAAACACUCAAAAUGUCUAAGCUCAAGUUUGUUACGGUUUGAAAUGGAACCACUGCUGUUAAAAGAAAACUUAUCUUGUUUUAAGCUUCUCCCCCCAAAACCAGUGCUAAAGUUUCUGUUGUAAAACUUACCCAAACUUAAUAAAGACUGAAUUUAUAUACA